UUUCAACUAAUAACAGCUGAUAUUCUCUUUCUUGACCUGUCGCAUUUUCAUCCAUCUCAUCGCGUUAAAUUUGCGACCAACUCAAGAAAUACCUUCAGAUUGCAAAUUCACGGAGCCCGACAACGGUUGCAAUCACUAAAUCAAUCGAAAAUAGAAUCCUUCUUAAUUCUCCAUUCAUUUUCAACUACCAUCUCGAUUGUAUCAAUCACCGACCGACUUCUAGGAUGUCGCAUCAUCCUCCUACCUCGCGCGCCAAAGCGCAGCCCGCCGGCAACGAGGAGGCCACCAACGUACUUAACCUUGGUGAAUUCCAAGAGGUCGACACUCUCACACUCUCUGAGGCCGCCCUGGUCAUUAACGCCCUUGUCGCUAAGCGCCGCAAUGAUCGUAAAAAUGUCAACGAAACAGAAAUGUUGACAAAGACGGUUGACUACCUCGACACAUUUGCCCGAUUUAAGAAGAAGGAAAACGUGGAGGCCGUCGAACGCCUAUUGAGCUCUCACAAAGAGUUUCAUAAAUUCGAGCGAGCCCAGCUUGGUAUGUUCAAUCUAUCACACACAUUUCCCCCAGGAAUUGUGGUGAUAGAAGGAAGCUAACCCGGCUGUUCAAAAAUUUACAGGUUCGCUAUGCUGUGAGACAGCCGAGGAGGCCAAGUACCUCAUCCCUUCACUUAAUGACAAGAUUAGCGACGAGGACCUCCAAGAGGUUUUAGACGAGAUGUACAAACUCAUGCCUCGAUGAUAACGAUACAUGGACAUCUACCUACUCUAUCCAAAUCACAUCUCGAAGUGUUUUCUGUGACUACCUAACGGUUAGGCAUGUCUGUCGGAACUGCUGACAGUUUAUUCGGUACUUCCUAUACCUAUACAAAGGUGUCGAAGACAUGCACGUAUCCAAAGCACAAGAGAUUCGAUAAAGGGCUCUAGAGUAGAGUGGCAACGAUUUUGAGAGAGCGUUCUGAACAAUUUGACUUUGGCCAGAGGAAACUGGUAUUAUUGCACUGGAAGGCGCAGGAUAAACGGCUACAGAAAAGAAAUUGGCAGGUUUCUUGAUUUCUGUUUCCUUUUUCAUGUUUUAUACCCCAUAAGAUCGCAAGGUCAGGCUAAGAAGAAAAUUUGGCAUUUGGUUGAUUUUCCUCGUUCAAGUCUUGUCUUUUAGUAAAAAAAACAAACAAAAGGGUUUCCCUCUAAUGUUGGUGAUGUUGAAGACUUUAAUGUCAAGUUGUAGGUACUAGGUAGAGAGGUAUCGCGAGUA